AUAUAAGUACUUAGUUUAGUAUUUCCUAGUACAAGAAAGCAACAAACAUUUUCAUGUGGCCAUUUCAAACACUUCACCAUGUCACAAUUCCUUAGCUACCUCCUCAUCCUCUCCUUCUUCUUCUUCAUCAACUCCUUAGGCACCGAUUCUACCCCUUUGUUAUCAAUAUGCCAGCCACACCUCUGCGGUGACGUUAACAUCAGCUACCCUUUUUGGGUUCGUAAUGAAAUUGCCUCUGAUCAGCAAUAUUAUUGUGGCUACGAGGGGCUUGGCGUUAUGUGCCUAAAUAACGGCGAGGCCGUACUUGAAUUACCCGGUGACCGGUACUACGUGAAAGAUAUAGAUUAUGCCGACUAUACCCUAACCCUUGUGGAUAUUGAUGUCUCCAACCAAACGUGCCCAAGGGCACGUCAUAACGUUUCUCUAGAGAAACUACCACUGAAAUAUUCUUCAAUGGAUUUGAAUCUCAGUUUUUACUUUAAUUGCAUUUCCGACCCUGCAAUACUUGUGCCUCCCAUCCUGUGCUUGAAUAUUAAUGGUAGCAACCGGUCUUACGUUUUUGUGGAGAAUCAUGAGACGGAGGGCUAUGAUUGGUCAAAGAAUUGCGAGGAGAAAGUGGUGGUGACAGUGAGACAUUCUCAGAUCAAUAUGGGUAAUUUAACUGGUGGGUUUGGUGCGGCUAUGAAUGAUGGCUUUGUGCUUGAUUGGGAACGAGUUAGGGAUUGGGCUAUGAAUGAAUAUGAUGGCUUUGUGCUUGAUUGGGAACGAGUUAAGGAUUGUGUUACCUGUGAGCACUCUCAUGGGUAUUGUGGAUACAACGCUACGGCUAAGGAGUUCUUGUGCAUUUGCAAAGAUGGAAGCACACAUAGUAAUAGCUGCAAAGAUAAGCAAGGGAAUAAGUGGUGGAAGUAUGUUUUAGGUGCUGUCUCAUGUCUCAUAACGGUCGUUCUAAUACUGGGCAUCAUAUUCUUAAUCAAUCGACGCCGCAUGAAGAAGAAAUAUGAUCCCUCAAUCUUACUCAGUCGAAGCAUCUCUUAUGAUCCCUCUGGAACGACAGAUCAAGAGAGGGGAAGUAGCUACUUUGGAGUUCAUCUCUUCACCUACAAUGAACUUGAAGAAGCCACUAACAAUUUUGAUUCAGCCAAAGAACUUGGAGAUGGAGGCUUUGGCACUGUAUACUAUGGCAUACUUCGUGAUGGGCGUCAAGUUGCAGUGAAGCGCUUGUACGAACACAACUGCAGAAGAGUAGAACAAUUCAUGAAUGAAGUUGAGAUCCUUACUCGCUUGCGCCACCCAAAUCUAGUCUCACUGUAUGGAUGCACCUCUCGCACUAGCCGUGAACUCCUGCUUGUUUAUGAAUACAUUCCUAAUGGCACAGUUGCUGAUCAUCUUCAUGGUGAUCUUGCAAAACCCGGUGCACUCCCAUUUCCUACUCGAAUGAAGAUUGCCGUUGAGACAGCAACUGCUUUGGCCUAUCUCCAUGCUUCUGAUAUCAUCCACCGCGAUGUAAAAACAAACAACAUUCUCCUUGACAACAAUUUUUUGGUUAAGGUUGCAGAUUUUGGUCUGUCUCGUCUCUUUCCCACCGAUGUCACUCAUGUCUCGACUGCUCCACAAGGUACUCCAGGUUAUGUCGAUCCAGAAUAUCACGAAUGUUACCAACUUACUGAAAAAAGUGACGUGUUCAGCUUUGGGGUGGUCUUGAUUGAGCUUAUAUCAUCUAUGCCUGCUGUUGAUAUCUCAAGGCAUCGACACGAAAUUAAUUUGUCUAACAUGGCUAUGAACAAGAUCCAAAACCACACGUUGCAUGAACUUGUGGACCCUUCUCUUGGGUUUGAAUCAGACUGUACGGUGAAAAACAUGAUAACUGAUGUGGCAGAGUUGGCAUUUCAGUGUUUGCAAUAUGUUAAGGAAAUGAGACCAUCAAUGGCACAGGUGCUUGAAGCACUAAAGGAUAUACAACAUAGAGACUACAUUAAAGAUGAGGAGAUUAGUAUUUCUGCAGAUGAUGUUGUAUUGUUGAAGAGUGAUCCGGUACCACUUUCGCCAGAUUCUGCGCUAAAUUGGAAUAUCAGUACGUCUACAACAUCAAAUGGUAGUCGUUAAGCUAUGCUUCUUAUUUUUCACUAAAUAUUUCUACCCAUUAUAUGUCAAAGAAGUUGGUACCUGCGCCACAUCUACUAAACAUUGAUAACUUGAAUGAGAGUAUGAGAUGUACAUAUUAUGUCAGAGCUGUCAUGGAUAUGGAUUCACUCCAUUUCAUAAGUUUUGGUCAAUUAGCUUUUUAGAUGAUUUAUUCCUUUCUACUAAUUAAGAGUUCAAAUAAAAAAUCUUAAUUAUUUA